AUGGCAAGUUCUUCACAAUGUUCUUUGGAUCAAAAUGUGUCAGAGGGAGUUCAGCCUUUUGAAUGUGCCAUGUCGCCCAUUCCGCAACAGAUCAAUAACUCUGACACGCUUUUCGACAACAAUGAUGAACUCAACAUGGAUGAAACUUCUUUUCACAGCGACGAGCACCAUUCCACGCGUCGAUUCGUUUACACAUUUGAGAACCUUGAACCGUGGCCAGCAAUUACGACGAAUCCAUGGAGAGUCGGCAGCAUUGAUGUGGUUGAGGCACUAAAAACAGUUCGUGCUGAAUCAAUCAAGCAUAACUCGAUUGGUGAUCUGGUCACUUUCAUUUCCAUAAUAUAA